AUGGAUCAACCAUCACGAACAUCAUCUCACACCCUACCGCCAGACUCCUCAGAUUCGGACGGCGCCGCAGCGUCCCAAUUCGCCCCGGUGGCCUCCCACACCCGGACGCCAUCGGGCAGCGCUGCCGCUCGCCCGAACCGCCGCUCCUCCAUCGCCUCAAACAUCCUCCGCCCCGUAAAAACAAAGGAGGAAAUCGACCCGGAGCUGGACGUCAACCUCCCCUAUCGAACCCUCUCUCCCAACGCCAACCUCGAUGAGUACCGCGUAGAAACCCGCAAUGGCGAGAUCCCAGCCGGGGUAGGAGACGGCACCGCAGCGGGCCGCGGCGACUACAAGCUGGUCACUUUUCUCCCCAACGACCCCGAAAAUCCAAAGAACUGGAGUAAAGCCUACAAGUGGUACUGCACAAUGGUCGUCGCUAUAACCUGCUUCGUCGUCGCCUUCUGCUCCUCCGUCAUCACAGCCGACAUUGAAGGCGUCGCCCGCCAGUUCCACUGCUCAGAGGAGGCCGCCCUCGUCUCCAUCACCGUCUUCGUCAUCGGCUUCGGCAUCGGACCCCUGGUUUUCGCGCCCCUCUCUGAGAUCUACGGCCGCCAGGUCAUCUACGGCUCGACUCUGUUCCUCGCCGUAAUCUUCAUCAUCCCCUGCGCCGUCGCGAAAAACCUCGGCACCCUCCUCGUCUGCCGUGCCAUCGACGGCAUCGCCUUCUCCGCGCCCAUGACCCUUGUAGGCGGCACCCUCGCCGACCUCUGGCGCAACGAGGACCGUGGUGUACCCAUGGCCGCCUUCUCUGCCGCCCCCUUCCUUGGACCUGCCGUCGGUCCCCUCGUCGGUGGCUUCCUCGCCGACGCUAAAGGUUGGCGCUGGCUGUACUGGAUCCAGCUCAUCUUGGCCUCCGUAAUCUGGAUCCUAAUCUCUUUCACCGUCCCGGAAACCUACGCGCCCACCAUUCUCGCCCGCCGCGCGAAAAAGAUGCGCAAGGAAACCGGCGACGAAACCCACGUCACGGAGCAGGACAUUGACAUGCGGCCCUUUAGCGAGCGCCUGGGAAUCUUCCUCAUCCGCCCCCUCCAGCUCCUCUUCGGCGAGCUCAUCGUCUUCCUCAUCUCUAUCUAUAUGUCCGUACUCUACGGCCUGCUGUAUAUGUUCUUCAUCGCCUACCCCAUCAUCUACCAGAAGCAUAAGGGCUGGUCGGCCGGUUCGACCGGUCUCAUGUUCAUUCCCCUCGCCGUCGGCGUCCUCAUGUCCGCGGCCUGCGCGCCCUGGGUGAACAAGCACUACCUCACCGUGGUCGCCAAGUACAACGGCCACCCGCCCGCCGAGGCCCGCCUGAUUCCCAUGAUGUUCAGCUGCUGGCUCGUCCCCAUCGGCCUCUUCAUCUUCGCCUGGACCUCUUAUCCCCACAUCCACUGGGCCGGCCCCGCCUUCGCUGGUUUCCCCGUUGGCUUCGGCUUCAUCUUCCUGUAUAACUCGGCCAACAACUACCUUGUCGACUCGUACCAGCACCAGGCCGCCUCCGCACUCGCGGCGAAGACCUGUAUCCGUUCCUUCUGGGGUGCCGGAGUCGUCCUUUUCACGAACCAGAUGUACGCGCGCCUUGGUGACCAGUGGGCGUCUUCUCUCCUCGCUUUCCUUGGUCUCGCGUGCUGUGCGAUUCCCUUCCUGUUUUGGGUUUUCGGAGCUCGUAUCCGUGCCAGAAGCAAGCACGCCUACUCUGGUGAUGACGAGGAGACGUCAGGAUCCGAUACCGAGAAGGCCAAGCCGCCAAAGAACGCUCUGGCUCCCACCCGCACCUUCGAGCCCGCGUAA